AGGUUUUGCAAUUUAUUGCAAAAUUCAGUUGAACGGGAAACGUUAAGCUAGCAGGCUCGAGUUCCUGUAGUCGCCUUAAAAUUGAUCAGCAAAGAUUGUGAUUACGAACGGUUUUUGAAAAGUGCUCCAAAUAAACCAAGUAUCCUCAUCACUUGCUCAACUCAUUUCCAAGCGGAAAGUGUCUCUCAAAAUAGAUCUAUCUGACGAAAAUCUUUUAAUCAAGAUAAUGGCGAACACAACUAGUAAUAAAUUGCAUAUGGAAUGGUUCGAUCGGAUUAGCAGUAUACCAUUGGUCGAAACGAGCCUAAAACGGGCCGAAGGCCUCUAUGGCAAGAUCAAGAAGAGCAAUCGUUUCUUCAAUUGGUAUUUCGAAACGGCCGAAAUGACAAUCUUCUCGGCUUAUGAAUCGGUACAACCGGCCGUUAAAUUAUUUGAAUCACCCCUUAAACGUUUAGAUAAUGUUAUGUGCAAAAGUUUAGAUGUCCUAGAGCAACGUAUACCUUCAGUUUAUUUACCACCGGAAUUGAUGUACUGGAAUACCAAGGAGUACAUGUCCGAUCGUUUGGUUAAACCGGUUCUAAAGCGAGCCGAUUCUAUGAAACAAAUACGCAACGUCGUACUGGAUAGUUCAAUAACGAACUAUGCAGCAGAACGUUUAGAGGGUGCACUUCAAGCCGGCGAUAAAUUUGUUGAUAAAUAUUUGGUUCCAAUAGAUGGAGAUCAAACAGACGCAGCGAAUGAAGAGGAACCCAAUAUUAAUACGACAAGUACAAGAAGUGCUAUGAAUGCUAUAAGGCAUAGUCAACGAUUUUCACGCAAAUUGAAAAGACGCUUAACCCAAAGGACAAUAGCCGAGGCUAGAGCAUUGAAGAAGCAAAGUAAAGAAGCGAUACAUAUUCUUAUAUACGCAGCCGAAUUGAUCGCUACCGAUCCGAAAUUAGCUUAUCAGAAAGCAAAGGAGCUAUGGAAUUACUUAAGUGCAGAUGAACCUGAAAAUCAAGCCAGACCGGCUUCUCUGGAACAACUAAUUGUAUUAUUGACCCGGGAAUCAGCUCGGCUUGUUGUUCACUUGGUUAAUUUUGGUGUUAACGUGGCUGCACAUUUACCCAAAACCAUGUCGCACACUACGUUGGAAGUUAUCCAUCAAUUUGCCUAUAUUAAUAAUCGUCUUAUAACUAUCACCAAAUUGGAUAAAGUCAAACAUAUGUCGAAAGAAGAGGCGGAAACGUUACUCAAACGUAUGAUUAACUUCUAUUCAGAUCUUCAAGGCUUAACCAACAUAUACUUGGAACGUGUAGCUUCUUUCCUCUCAGGACGUAUUGAGGCGGAAAAAGUUAGCGGCAGUCGUUCGACCAUAAAUUCGUCAAGUACAUAUUCUUCGCCUAGACGACGUUUAGAUGUUCAAGAGACUAAUUCACCGUCUGCCCAUAAUAAUAUAAACGGCGUUUAUUAAUAUUUCGCGUCUUCCAUAUCAGUCGCACUUUUCUCUCUAACUACCGAUCGUUGUUUUUGCUUUCAUUUUCACACUAAUUACUAUACACUCUAGGAAUAGGAAUACUUAUUACUUUGUUCUCUUUUUUUAGUUUUUUUUUAAGUUGUUUAUUUUGCUAAAUGCGUUCGUAUUGAUCAUAAGAUACUUUAAGUUUCUCUGAAAUGAAAAAAACAAAUAAUAAACAAAUAAUUGUAAUCGAGAUAA